UGGGGGUGGGGAGAGGUGGCGGUUGACCUGGCGACCGCGGCGGCGCUGGAGGCUAGAGGCGCGGAUCGGCUCGCUCCUUGCCCGGAGGAGGCCUCUGGGGACAUGGCGCCGCGCCCUCCACGGCCGCCGCGCCUUCCUGGCGCCCAGCUCCGCCCUCCGCCCGCCCAGGGCUGACGGAGCCCGGCAGCCAUGAGCGCCAACCCCCAGUGGGACAUCAGCAGGACGCUGGCGGUGGCCAGGCUCUUCCACCUGGUGUGCGGGGUCCGGGAUGCCUGCGUGAACCCGUUCCUGACCCUCUACCUAAGGCAACUGGGCUUAGCCGCCGCCUGGGUGGGCAUCCUAAUGGGAACCAAGCACCUGAUCGCAGCCUUCUGGGCUCCCUUCUGUGCCUUCCUGGCCAAAAGCUACCAGAAAAGGAGGGUGCUUCUGAUAGGCUCGCUGUUUGGCUCGGCGGGAGCCAGCCUGUUGAUGGUCCUGGUGCCGCCGUUGGACAAAGACCUGGUGUACAGCUCCUGUAACGGAAGUCACGGCGCGACCGCUGCAGCCCUACCACCGGGGGUCGCACCAUCUGUGAACAUCACCUCCGCCCAAGAGCCAGCCUUCAACUACCCAGCGGGGGCGCCCAGCCUCGCAGCCAGGAGGAGUACUGGGAUGGUGGAAGCCUCUGGCCUCAGUGAAACCCCUGGGGAAGGUGUCCAAGAACCUGCCAGUCAUCUGCCCAGCUACUCUGUGGGCUCGGCUGGAGGAGCCAGGACCACACCCCCGGUUCUCCAUCCUGUUACUCCAGGAGUAAAAGAUACUCCUUGGGAAGGUGCCUUCAAGGUAGUCAGUACUGCCCUCCCUUUGCUUGCUGGGGGCACAGAGCUGGGAACUCCAGCCAACUUGUCAGCAGCCAAGGGGCAUGACCGCACCUUUGACCUCUCCUUGAAAGCGUUGCGAUGGACUUUCAUCCUGUCCUUGGGGUCCGUGGUGCUCUGGGAGCUGCUGACAGCCCCUCUGGAGCAGGUGGCAGACGACAGCCUUUAUGAGUACCUGGAUUUUGUGGAUGCUACUGACCGUUACAGAAGCCUGUGGAUCUGGAGGCUGCUGGGCAUGUCAGCAGGUGUGUGUGGCAUCUCAGCCUUGGUGGAGCAGCUGGACUGCUACUUGAUGACAAAUGGCCCCCGGGGUGUGGUGCACUUCUAUGGCUACUCAUUGGUCAGCCUCCUGGCUUUACUGGUGAGCGUCGCCUUUCCCGUCCCUACCUGCAGGCGGCAGGAGCCCCGCUACAAAACCAUCAAAGCACUGUCUCUCAUAGGGGGCAAUCCCCGCCUCAUUCUCCUGGCCCUCACUGUCUUCUUGCUAGGAGCUGCCACCAGCACGGUGCAGAACUUCCUGUUCUGGCACAUGGAAGACCACGGGAGCAGCGAGCUGAUCAUGGGUUUCUCGGUUGCCCUGGGUUUGCUGGGGGAAAUUCUACUGCAUCCAUUCAAAACUGUGCUGCUUAGGAAACUGUCCAGGGUGGGCACCGCGGGGCUGGGGCUGGGCUGCCUCUCAGGGCAGCUGCUGUACUACUCUUUCCUCUGGAGCUGGUGGUCCAUCCUCCCUGCUCAGAUCUUGAGUGCUGUCAGCAACGGGGCUCUGUGGUGGGCGAUGAAGGCUUCAGUAGAGGACCUGGCCACCCCUGGAACAGAGAGACCUCUGAGUUUCAUGUUCCGAGGCCACUUUUACUGGGGCGGGGCCAGCAUGGGCAGCUUUGUGGGAGGCUUCGUGGUGACACGCUUCAGCCUGGCUGUGCUCUACCAGUCCUGCUGCGUAAUCCUGUUGCUCUGGCUCACCUUGUUCCUGUCCAUCUGGCUGAGACUGCCCCCAGAACAGAAAAUCAACUACUCAAAGCUGCUGGCCAUGGAGGCAAGUGACACAAGCGAUUCUGAGCAGGGGACCGAACAGGACUGGCUUGUGAAAGCCAUGAGGGAGGAACACUCAGACUGGAAGAGCUGAAAGAUAGUCGAGAUACACUGAACUGGGAAAGCACCCAAGGGCUGCACCAAACUCAGCCUGCUGAGGACAAAUCCAUGAGUCCCGCCCGGGCUUCUGGGGUCUUUGGGAGAGGAGCAUGUCUGUGGUGAAGCCCCAUGAGAUCAAGUCAUUGCACGAUUUUCUUUACUUUUAUGGUAAAAGGAGAUUUAACGCUUUGCGGUUCAAUCUUAAAUGAUGGAGCAAGAAUAUAUUUGCUAAAAAACAAAAAAAAAGUUCCCUUUGUAUUCACUCUAUUUUGGUUUAUAAGGUUUGCAAGCUUCACUAGUACUGACUCUGGUGCAGUUGAUUUCAGCCAUGGCAGGAGUGCUCAAAUCAAACCGGCAGUGCUGGGAAGGCAAAGGGGACUUACAGGAUUCAAUUGGCAAAGGGUGUGCCUGGCUUCGAUGAAUCAUGCUCAUUCCCGUGGCUCCUAAAGCUGUGAACGUGAUGCUGUAACAGCCAUGCUGCGGGCAGGUGACAAGGUCACUGGCAGCGGCUCCCACAGAUGGACUCAGAGCCUUGGCCAGCUUCCUGAAGCAGGGAGAGGAGCACACUUACAGAACAUCACAGUCAGAAGGAAAGGGAUGCUUUCAGAUGCUGCCUCACAGAGCUGUUCAUCUGGACCAGUGGGAAUUCUCUUCUCAGAAAUGCCAGCAUUGAGAAAUUGGCAGCAGAACGCAGCAGGGAGUUAUUCACCACUUCAAGGAUAAGCCACAGAGCAGGCUGAGGUUUGGGGCCAGGCUCCAAGGUCAGAGUUGGCCUGUGACUAGCCAGUGAGAUGAGCAUAACCGGGGUUCCACCUCAUCCUUUCCCUCUAAGAGGCCCUUGAAACUGCUCCUGAAGGGCCUGUCGCCUUCCGCCUCGGCAAACUGCCAAAGUAGGAUAACAGAAUCCUUCCAUGAAAAGAUGGCUGGGCUCAGUGAGGCAACUGCCUUGCACAAUUCUAUUAGUGAAAACCCACAUGAGCCACCUUUAGAAACACCACUCUGCAGGGGAACAUAACUGAGCCCUAGAUCCAGGAAAGUAAGCAGAUAAAAAUGCGCUCCUGUCGACACUAAAUAUACUUUGGGAGAAAAAAAGUGAGAGGAUUUUUAUAAUUUUGCUCUUGAAAUUAUUUCGUCUAUGAGUAACUCAUUUAAUUCGCAAUUUGCUUUGAUUUUUCUCCAGAAAUCUGUGCAUAAUUGGGAAUUCUUGAGAAGUGAGAGAAUCAGCUCCACAGAUUACUUUCAAAUGUGUGAAAUGCUUUAUGAAUGCUGAAGUUAACAACUCAUGAAGUUGGAAUAUUACGUUUAUAUGUAUUUAAUUAAACACUAUUUUGUGGUUUCCUUAUUGUAUUUUGGAGCCAAUAAUCCUUUCCAGGUUUCAUACAUUGUUGUAGGCUCUGGAAAAGCUCACAGACCCUGGGUCCUACACAGGGCCUGGAGGAGGAGAAUCCCAAUUGGAGAGAUUUUCGGGAGAUGCCCAUGUCUGUGGGCAGUGAUGGCUUCUUUGUCCUAACUUCCCACCCCUCCCCACUCACAGUCACUUGUGGUGGACCAAGGGCAAGGCCCUGAAGACAGCACGCCCAAACGUAAUCACUAGAGUUAGUUUAUUCCCUGUUUCUUCCCUCAAACACCGUAAGAGUGGGAACCUUGUUUUAUUCACUGCUGUAUCCGCAGCCUUGAAGAGUGUGAAGCAUAUCACAGGUAUUGAAUGUAAGUAUUUGUUGAAUGCGUGGUCGCCUCUGGGAAAUGGGAUUUGGAUGGUGGAUAAAUAGGACUGCAGCUGUAUCUAUAUUGUUUGAAUGAUGUAUAAUGAGAAUAUGUGUUAUCUGGACAGAUUUUACAUCUUUGCAACACUGAGUCAUCAGUCAGAAAUUUUAAGUCUUUACUCAAUCAUUCUUUUAUAUCCCUCAGUAAAAAUCUCAAGUUCUCUUUUUAAAGAUCUUGCACAUCUUGUUAACUUUAUUUCAAGAAUUUUCUUUUGUUGCUGUCAAUACAAAUGGGUGUCUUUUUCUAUCAUUUUUUCAAGAUUGAAAAAGUAACAAAGUCAUUGUAAAAAAAAAUUAAAUAAUACAGGAAUAUAGAAUAAAAAGUGAAAGAACCACCCCCUCAUGCCAUUUCCAUCCUCAGAGCUUUUCCUUCUAGAAAAUAUCCUUCUAGAGCUUUUGCUAAACUUAACCGUACACACACACACACACACACUGACUAUGCAUAUAAAUCAACCUUGCACUUAUAAAUUGCAUAGUAUUACAUUAUAUUUGAAUCAUUUUUUAUUAAUUCUCUUGGAUUUUCAUAGUACAUGGAUUUUCACAGCAUCUGCUAUUUAUGUAAAAAAAAAAAGAGACAAAAGGAGGGGGAAAAAAUCUUAAUUUUAUUAUCUUUUGCAAUAGCUAGAGCAUCCAGAACAAUGUUUUGUAGUGACAGAAGAAUGCCUGUCAUGUCCCUGACUUUAACAAGGACAUCUUUGGUGAGAAUUUCAGUGCUGUCUGUUGAGUUCAGAGGUUUUCAUCAUGUUAAUAAAGCGCCUUUGUGUACUGAUAGUUUGAUGGGUUUUGUAAAUCAGAAUGGAUGUUGGAUUUUUCAACGUCAUGUUGGCAACUAUCACAAUGAUCCCAAGUCUUUUCUCUUGAGACAUAUUAGUAGAAUUAAUUUUUUAAUAGAUUUCAUAAUAUUAAACCAUUUUUGUAUU